AAGAAUUGCAGUAUUAAAGAGGAAGACUUUGCUGAUCUGACCUCAGCUCUUUGUUUGAAUCCAACUCACAUCAAAGUUCUGAAUCUGAGUAAAAAUAAACUAGGAGAUUCAGGAAUGAAGCAGCUCUGUGAACUGCUGAAGAAUCAGGAGUGUAAACUACAGGAACUACUGCUACAGGGGUGCAGUAUAGGAGAGGAAGGCUGUGCUGCUCUAAAUUCAGCUCUAUCCUCAAACCCCUCUCACCUGAGAGAAUUUGAUCUGCAGGGGAAUAAACUGGGAGAGUCAAUAAAACAGCUCUACGAGCUAAUGAAGAAAUCAGGAUGUAAUUUACGGUUAGAUAAAUCUACACUGGACUGGAUUACUGGAUGGCUUCCCUGGAAUUGGGGCAAAAAACAUCAUCAUAAAAAAGGAACAGAAAGUUCAUCUGAACAGAACAAAAACUUGAGUACAGAGAAUCAGGGUGAAGCUAGUUCAUCCGAACCGAACAAUGACUUGAGUACAGAGAAUCAGGGUGAAGCUAGAUCAUCUGCACAGAACAAAAACUCGAGUACAGAGAAUCAGGGUGAAGUGAGUCCAGCUGAACAGAACAAAGAUGCGAGUACAGAGAAUCAGGAUGAAGCUAGUUCAGCUGAACAGAACAAUGACUCAAUUACAGAGAAUAAGAGUGAAGCUAGAUCAUCUGCACCGAACAAUGACUCGAAUACAGAGAAAUAGAGUGAAGCUAGUUCACCUGACCAGAACAAUGACCCGAGUACAGAGAAACUUGGUGAAGCUAGUUCAUCUGACCAGAACAAUGACCUGAUUAAAAAGAAACACGGAGGAGUGAGUCUAGGUGACCAGAACACAACAGAGUGUGCAAAGAGUGACUGUAAAGUGCAAAGCAGAAAGUCUGGAGCAGUAAAAACACAGUUCCUCAGAUUCACCCUCUCAAGGACUGAAUAAACGGAAGGGUAGAAAAUAGCAGAGAAUGAUAACUUUCCUCUCAGCCCUGAAACAGAUCCCUCAUUCUCUUUCCAUAAAGCUUCCUGUGUCUCCUGAUUGUUCAUGUUGCUUGUGUAUUUGAUUGUAUUUGUAUUUGACAUUGAUUUUUUAUAUGACAUCAUUUUAUAUACUGCAUUAUAUAUUGCAUUCAUCACAAAGUUAUUUUUAGACAUAAAUUGACAAACUGUAAAACAAAUUCCUGGUGUUAUAAAAUUAUACCUCUGCUUUAAUGAGCUUCAUUUCUUUAGAUUUAUUGUAAAAUCUCAUAUC